GAACAUGGUGGUACCUUUGCCAGCUGUUGCGGAGCGUAUGAACAAUCCGAAUAAUCCUGUUGUAUUCUUUGAUGUCACAAUUGGUGGACAGGAAAUCGGUCGAAUGCAAUUUGAGUUAUUUCAAGAUAUUGUUCCAAAAACUGUAGAAAAUUUUAGGCAAUUUUGUACAGGAGAAUAUCGUAAAGACGGUGUACCAACUGGUUACAAAGGAACAUCAUUUCAUAGAAUCAUUAAAGAUUUCAUGGUACAAGGUGGUGAUUUUAUUAAUGGUGAUGGUACUGGAUCGUUUAGUAUUUAUGGUGGUGUACAAUUUGCCGAUGAGAAUUUCGAAGUGAAACAUUGUACUUGUGGCAUGUUAUCUAUGGCAAAUAGUGGUCGUGAUACAAAUGGUUGUCAAUUCUUCAUUACUUGUGCUCCAUGUGAUUUUCUUGAUGGAAAACAUGUAGUUUUUGGUCGAAUUGUUGAUGGAAUGUUAGUUUUGAAGAAAAUUGAAAAUGUACCAACUGGUGCUAAUAAUCGUCCAAAAGUCCCUGUACUAAUAUCACAAUGUGGUGAAAUGUAAUGCCCAGAAGAAAAAAAAAGAAACAAUCCAAUCAGAGUAGUAACAAUUGGGAUUUUUUUUUCUUAACCUUUUAAUUCAUGAUGAUUGUGCUACCAUUUUUUUUUUGACUUUUUCAUCUAUCUAUAUGUGUUGUACAAACUAUUAUAACAUGAAUCAUUGUUGUUGCUUUCUGUGUAUAAAUUUCUAAUGUUUUCAUUCAAAAUACAAAUGAUCAUUUUAAA